CGCCCGGCCAGCAGCUUCCAGAUUUCGACCAGCAUGAGCCGCGUCCUCGUCCUUGGCAGCGACCACGUGGGCAAGAAGCAGCUCGUCGAGGCUGUCGUCGCCGCCGCCGGAGCGCAGGACGCUGCCGAGUGGGCGAAGCUCGACGGGCACGCCGUGCUUGCGCAUACGCUCGUGACCAAGUACUACUCGGCGCCGCUCGCGUUCCAUGUGCCCGAAGCGGCGCACGCCGUACCGGACGACCUUUCGCCGUACGAAGGUCUGCUGCUCGUGUGGGAUGCGACGCAGAAGGCUUCGUGGAGCCAUGUGCAGUCGGUCAUGGAGGCCAUUGCGUCGCGAGAGCAUGACCUCGAGGUGCUGGUCGCCGUCGCCAACCAUGCGUCGCCCAGCAUGGUGCUCGAAAACAUGAACGACUGCUGCUUGGAACAUGGCUUUGAGCACAUCGCUGUCAGUCGCGACGCCUCGAGCGCGGCCACCGGAAGCGAAACCUCUGGCGUCGAUCGCCUCGUCGAAGCGCUCCAGUGCAACAUGUGGACGUCGAUGGAGAUGCGCGACGGUGUGCGCAACCCGACGACCGAGUCGACGCCGACGCCUGCAGCUGCACCAAAGACGCCCAAGACGCCGCAGUCGACGCCCGCCUCGACGCCGUCGCUACUCGAACAGGACGAGGGCUUUGAAGCGCUCUUGCAGGAGGUGCUCAGCAUCCGCGAAGACGUUAACUUGCAGCGCCUCACGGACGACGAGCGCCGUGCGCGUGCCGCCGACAUGGCCAUGAAGCUCAUGAGUCUCUUGGGCGACAGCGACGAUGACGACGAGAGCAGCGACGACGAGUAGCAGAAGACUGCCGUUGCAGGACGCUCAAUCUUCUGUCCAACUAAUCUUAAAUAGCUUUGUAGUUCAUUUUACGACAUUAUCCACCACAGUAUACCGCCACGUAUUUGCGUGUGCUGCCGUCCUUGGCU